AUGUCAAAAGAUAGCGAUUUAAAGGAUUUAAAAUAUCAUAUUGAUUGGUUAGAGAAAUCGAUUGUCAAAGAUCAUAUUAAAUUUUAUAACUACUCGGAUUUCCAAAAUAAAAGUUACAUAGGGAAGGGUUCAUAUGGAAAGGUUUGUCGAAUUAGUUGGAAAAAGAAACAAAUUUUCGCCUUGAAAUCUUUUAAUAAUUCACAAUUCGUCAUUAAGGAAAUCGUGGAAGAGUUGAAACUGCAUCGGAAUGUUAAUUAUCAUGAAAAUCUUAUAUGGCAAUCCUAG